AUGGGUAAAUUAUUGCCUUUGAUCGCCUCUGCGCUGCCAGCGUAUGCUGUUGUUCAUGAGAGCUUGAAUGCUUUGCCCUUUGGAUGGAGCCCCUCGCCUGUGAGCGUUCCUGACAGUACACAGCUUGACCUGUCCGUGGCAUUGCAAUACCAGAAUCUCAACACACUCGAAGCCAAGCUCGCCUUUGUGUCGACUCCUGGUAGCCCGGGCUAUGGCAAGUACAUCGAUCUCGACCAACAGAAUGCCAUUUUUGGAGCGAACCAACAGUCCGAGAACGGUGUAAUGUCGUGGCUUCAGGGCGCUGGCAUUUCUGGCGCCUCAAGUGAGGGUGGAGUGGUGAGCUUUUCCACUACUGUGGGUCAGGCGAACGAACUUCUUAACACGACGUUCGGUCUAUACACAAAUGGUGCAAUGACUAAGCUGCGCACGAUGGAGUAUUCGGUGCCUGACCACCUCGGGGAUGCCGUCGACCUCAUAACCCCAACCACUUUCUUCGGGACCACGAAGUCCCAGCGAGCGAUCCCAGUGACCGAGACUGCUGCUGAGACCGUGCCAUCGAAGAGACAAGAGGAUCCCAGCUGUCAGACAACGAUCACGAUUCCAAUCUCAAAGAACAGGACGAAAGCAUAUAGUGUGCUUACCCCCACUUGUCUGAAGGAGCUGUACAACAUUGGUGACUAUAAGGUCGAUGUCAACUCUGGAAGCACUAUUGCCUUCGGUAGCUUUCUGAACGAAUCAGCUAGCUACUCUGAUCUCGCCAUCUUUGAGCAGCUGUUCAACAUUCCUAGCCAGAACUUUACUGUCAAGGCAUUGAUUAACGGAGGUGUAGACAACCAGGAUCCUAAUACUGAACUCGAUGGCGAAGCAAAUCUUGAUGUUCAAAACAUCAUAGGUUUAGUGGACGGCCUCCCGGUCUUCGAGUACAUCACCGGCGGCCUUGCACCCAUCGUUCCUGACCUUCUAGAGCCCAAUCAAAGUGUGGCUAGUAAUGAGCCUUAUCUUGAAUACUACAACUAUUUGUUGUCCCAACCCAACAGCAAUCUGCCAUAUGUCAUCUCGAACAGCUAUGGUGACCACGAGAACACCGUACCUGAGCGCUACGCCAAGCGUGUCUGCAACCAGAUCGGUAUGAUGGGCCUCCGAGGGCGCACGAUCCUCGAGUCUAGUGGAGAUGAAGGCGUAGGAGCUGUUUGUCGGGACAAUGCGGACUCGAUGCAGCCGCAGUUUACACCACAGUUCCCAGGCACAUGUCCAUAUGUGACCGCUAUAGGCGGAACACAGCUUGUCAACCCUGAGCAAGCGUGGAACGCGUCCAGUGGUGGCUUCUCUUUCUACUUCCCGACAGCUUGGUAUCAGAAAGCCGCGGUCAAUACCUAUCUGAACGAUUACAUUAGCCCGGGAACGAAGCAAUACUACUCGAGCAACAACUACACCGACUUUGCUGGCAGAGGCUUCCCAGACAUCAGUGCGCACAGUCUGUAUCCCGAUUACCUGACCGUGAUCGGUGGCAUCCCGCAGCCCAAUGGCGGUACUUCUGCUGCCUCACCCGUCGUUGCUGCCAUCAUAGCACUUCUCAACGAUGCUAGAUUCCGGGCUGGUCAACCUGCUCUUGGCUUCGUGAACCCACUCCUGUACAGCAAGGCAGCCGGCACAUCGGCAAUCAAUGACAUCACGCUUGGUGGUGCGGUGGGCUGCGCUGGUGUCGAUCUCCAGAAUGGUCUCGUCAUCCAAGGUGCUGGUAUUAUCCCUUACGCCUCGUGGAACGCCACUGUUGGAUGGGACCCUGUCACUGGUCUUGGUACUCCCAACUUCCAGAACCUCAAGAACCUUGUGCUGUCAGUGGGUGGACAGAAAGGUGGUUAUGGCAACGCUCCAUGGGGUGGACCAUGGGGCAGCAACCCAGGCAACUGGGGCGCCAACGGUGGCGGAUGGUAG